AUGGAUCGUUUCUUUAUCGAAGAGGAACAGAAAUGCAUCGGAUCGAUGAGAGAGUACCAAAACAUCACGUCGAAAAACACAUUCGACGUGCCAUUUCGCCAUUGCCCGCCACACUUUGACGGACUACUUUGCUGGCCGUACACCAAGGCCUCCACCACCGCCAUUUUACCCUGUCCUCCUGACCUAACAUACCAAGCGAACUCCACAACAGACACUUUGGAGUCCGGUGAUCGCAUUAUAGCAUUGGCCACGAAGGUUUGUCUUGCAAAUGGCCAAUGGUACACGAAUUCUGAAGACAUUCCCUUUAGCAAUUACAGUUUAUGCGAAUUAUCCGACGAAUUAACCGCUCGUUAUCUUAUGGAGACCAUCGUGGAGUUUGAAAUUGGGCAGAAAUGGUUACCCAUCGUCAGAAUCGUCUCUCAGAUCGGCUAUUCCACAUCCUUCACCAUGUUGGUCAUCGCGAUGAUCAUUUUCUCCCUGCUCAGAAAACUCAGGAACCCCAGAAACAGGCUGCACAUGCACUUGUUCGCCUCGUUCAUAAUGAGGGCGUUUAUGGCACUGAUCAGGGACUGGAUAUUCGUGGACGGUAUUAGACUGGCAGUGGACGUGGUAUACGUGGACGAGAAGAACGCUUUUAUCAAGCAACGAAACGCCACGAUCUGCAAGGCCAUCACGAGUGCCUGGCAGUACUUCAUCGUUGCUAAUUAUUCUUGGAUCCUGAUGGAGGGUUUGUACCUGCAUAAUCUGGUCGUUUGGGCAUUUUGCGCGGAUAGUGCAGCGAUUAACUUGUACAUCUUGAUGGGCUGGGGAUUGCCUGUUUUUGUCGUGGUUCCUUGGGUAAUAAUCCGAGCAACGAUCGAAGACACGCUUUGCUGGACAACCCAUGACAAUCCUUUCGUAUUUCUGCUGAUAAGGAUUCCCAUAAUGAUAUCGAUUUUGUUCAACUUUCUGCUGUUUCUCAACAUAGUACGAGUCCUGUUCAUCAAGUUCAAAACGUCGGUACAUUUGCAACGAAAAAAGAUGCAGUAUAGUAGAUGGGCAAAAUCUACCUUGGUAUUGGUACCCCUGUUUGGUGCUCAUUAUACUCUAUUCCUGGGCCUCUCUUAUCACAAAGAUCAUCGUGUGGAACUUGUCUGGCUUUUCUGUGAUCAAUUUUUCGCCUCCUUUCAAGGUUCCUUCGUGGCUCUGCUUUACUGUCUGCUAAACAUCGAAGUUCGAACAGAAAUAAAACGUGCCUGGAGAACCAGAUGGUCGAAGAACGCGAAUAUCUGCAUGACCUCGUGUCGAGGAUCGAGAAGAAGGAAAACGAUUCGUCAGUACAAGCAGUCGAACGAUUACGAUCAUCCCACAGUCACUGGUACCACUCUGAGGAAUCUGUUCGUGCUGCAGGUUGAUAGAAGAUCGAACGAUUUUUGGCCAAAUGUGCUGGAAAUGGAGGCAGGAUAA